GUUUAAAAAGGAACUAAUAUCUUUAUCGUUUAUUUACGUUGUAAGCUUGAGUUAAGUUACAUUAAUGUUAAAUUAUUAAUUAACAGAUCAAGAUUGAUCAGAAAAGAAGGUUCGUGAUCCAAAAUCUCCGGAAUCAUGAGCAGCAAUGCAAAGAGGACAAUUUACGUAGGUGGAUUGGCAGAGGAAGUAGACGACAAAGUUCUCAGUGCGGCAUUUAUUCCUUUUGGAGAAAUAGUCGAUAUACAGAUUCCUUUAGAUUAUGAAUCAGAGAAGCACAGAGGAUUUGCUUUCAUAGAAUAUGAAGCAGCCGAGGAUGCUUCGGCAGCAAUCGAUAAUAUGCACGAUUCUGAACUACAUGGCCGAACAAUUCGAGUGAAUAUUGCGAAACCACAAAAAAUCAAAGAAGGUUCAUCGAAACCCGUUUGGGCAGACGACACGUGGUUACAGGAACAUGCAGGUGAAACUUUAAAAGGAAGCAACACUACAACGACCGAAGAUGAUCCACCCCCUGGGCAAAAAAAGAAACAAAAUCCUCAAGUGUAUUUCGACAUUAGCGUGGGUAAAACCGAACUUGGAAGAAUCAUAAUGAUGCUGAGAGCUGACAUUGUUCCAAAAACUGCGGAGAACUUUCGCCAACUUUGCACACACGAGCAGGGAUUCGGGUACCAGUCCAGCUGUUUGCACAGAAUCAUUCCGGAAUUUAUGUGCCAAGGCGGAGAUUUCACAAAUCACAACGGAACGGGCGGUAAGUCAAUUUACGGAAAGAAAUUCGAUGACGAGAAUUUUAUAUUGAAACACACGGGACCUGGAACACUUUCGAUGGCGAAUUCCGGACCAAAUAGUAACGGUUCGCAGUUCUUUCUGUGCCUUCAAAAAACCGACUGGCUGGAUAAUAAACACGUCGUGUUUGGUCACGUUCUCAGUGGACUGGAUGUUCUAAAAAAAAUGGAAAAGUUUGGGACCAAGGGUGGAACUCCGACGCAGAAAGUAGUUAUUACUACAUGUGGAGAAUUGACGUGAAUUUCGUAGAAAUUAAAUAGUAAGGGAAUCUUUAAUUUACAUUUUUUUUUAAUUCUUUGAAGAAUCCUUAAUUUUUUUCAUUUUGUGAAUAUGUUACUUCAAAUAUUUUGACGCGAAUACAAGAAUUCUUCAUAAGUUUUAUACAAUGAUAAUAAAAUCGAUAAUCGAAAUAAAUUAUAAAUAUUUAUUCAGAAAAUUUUUAUGUAUAAUCUACCAUUUAAUAAUUCUAUCCACAUUAAAGCGCCUAUGGCAGGGAAAACUUGG